AUGGAGACCCCCGCCGCGCCGCUCGGAUUCGUCUACGACUACGUGGAGAAGCAGUCCUUGCAGAAAUACCUCCGGUUGGUGAUCAUCGUCUGCAUCUACAUUUUUGCCCGCGGCUACUACUCGAACUGGGCCAAGCAACGACACAUCCGCACGCAGCUCGCCAUCGACAAGCGCGAGAAGGAGUUGGACGCCCAGCGCAAGGAGAGAGACGAGUCCGAGAAGUUCGAGGAGUUGGACAGGGAGGCCACCAGUUUUGGCUGGGGCAAGGCCACCCGGCGCAACGUCAAGCGCCAGGAGCAGGUGUUGCAGGAUGCGGCCCAGCAGCUCCGCGAGCGCCACCAGGGCGAGUACGACGCGGCCGAGGACCACGACAUCGACGACUUGUUGGACGACUGA